UUCCUCCCAUCCCUUUAUUUCCUAUUCCCUCAUGCUGUCUGUUUUCUUAGAACGGGAGUAGGUUGGAGGUUUCUCACCCUGAUCUUCCAUCUGAGGACUCCAUGCUUGUUCAUCAUUCUGGAUUCCAGGGGGCGACUCAGUCCUCUGUGAUAAGGACUCAGUCUAUGCUGGACAGUCAGGACUUUGAGGAGAGGAGGAUGACCAGUCGAGCGCAAAACCUACUAAAUGCUCUUAAAAGGCAGAACAGCAGCAGCAACGCCAUGUUCAGCUUGCUGACGCUGUGUGAGGGGAGCAACCGCUCCCAGGCCGCCGCAACCUUCUUCUGCCUCCUGGUGCUGAAGAAACAGCAGGCCCUCAGCCUGCACCAGAACGGGCCUUACACCGACGUCACUGUGACACCUGGACCCCGCUUCCACCUGUCAUAGAGUAGGAGCUGUCUUGAUAAUACGACAUGCAGAUAUAG